AUGAAGAACAAAUUUUCAAAACGAUCAAUUUCGAAUAAACAAUCUCAUCAUCGUUCAUAUCAAACACAUAGUAAACGUUUAUCAACACCAAUUGAUCAUACAAGAACUAAAACACCUAUUCAUACUGAUUUAAACACAGAAAUUGUGUCUUCAGAUUCUUAUACACCAUGUUUAAAACCUAAUAUACAAUUUAAAAGUCAAAAAUUACUUAAACGUGAUUUAUUACGUUGUAGUAAUCAACGUCCAUUAAUUCUCGGUCCAGAAACAUUACAAACAUCUCAUAUUCAUCAUAGAUUUCAACCGACACAUUCUGUUGCAUUAUCAUCAACAUCAUCAUUAUCAUCAUCAUCAUCAUCAUCAAUUGAUCAUCAUCAUCAUCAUCAUAAUAUUCCACGUCGUCGUUCAUUAUCAUUAAAUUCUCAUACAUUUUAUACAACAACAAAUCGUAUUGGUCCAUGGCCAGAUAAUUCAACUGAUCGUCUUAUUUUAGUUGAUAAUAAUUUAUCACGAUCAACAAAAAAAUUUCGUAAUAAUAAAAAUCCUCGUGUUUUUUCUCCAAAAUCAUUAUCAUCAUUAACUAAUAAUACAGGUCCAUUUAAAUUUUAUCCAUCAAAACAUAAUUAUAUUGAAGAAUAUCGUAAAAAUAAAGGUUAUAUAUUAAAUAUAAAUCAAACAUCACAAUGUACAUCAUUAUCUUUAUCAUCAUCAUCAUCAUCAUUAUCACAAUUACAAGAUUUUGAUGAUGAUCAAAUAUCUAUUAUGGGUACAUAUAGUGGUGAUACAGAAAAUAAUACAAUUAUAGAACGAACUAAUAUAUCAACAACAAAUUUAUUAUCGAUGACACGAACAAUUGUUAAAUCAAAUGAUGAUAUAACAACAAAUAUAAAUCGAUUACCAAUAAUGUCAUCUGUUAUAAAUCAAUUAAAUAUAUUUCCAUCUAUACCAAUACGAAAUUCAAAUUAUUUUCGACCAAAUCGUCGUACAAAACAUCAUCCAAAUUUAACAUUACCAGCAUUAACAAAUUCAUCAAUAAGAUUUUUAAAUAGUAUGAAUACAGUUGAAAAACUUUAUGGUAAUCAUAAUAAGAAAAUUUCAACAGAAAAUUCAUCAAAAUUAUUAUUUAUGACUGGACGACCGAAGAAAAGUAAUAGAAGUUCAUCUUGUAUGAAAACAGAUACGAAGAAGAUUACCUCCUCUUCACAAGGUUACAUUGAACUUCGAACUACCGGCUGCUCAGUAAUGAAACAAAUCGAACGACCAUCAAGUGUUAUUAUUUAUCGUUUACCUCGUCGAACACAUAUUGUCACUACGAAAAGUGAUGUCGGACCACUUAGUUAA